AUGCGAUCACCACCACCGGUGAGCAGAAUCGGACGUCCCUCCACCGCCACUGCCUCGCACUACCGCCUCCAUCACCACGGUCAUCGCCGUGUGACGACAGAGACAACCACUACUACUCCUCCCACUCCCACUGCCGGAGAAAGCAUUCGUAACGUCCCACCAACCACCCUCCUCAUCCUCACCACCACCACCACCUCCGACAUCAGCAGUUCAUGCUUCCUCCGAAAUUGCCCCCAUUGCGAUCGCAAUUCCACAUCGCGCAUUGUCCUGGUUGGUCACUUGUGA